GAGGGACUGAUGAGGGAAAUCAAAAUCACUCAUUCCUGUAGGAGUUGAUUUACUCCACACGAUGGCAGUAGUGCAACAUUAACUUGCAAACUGUCAUUAAUUCCGAAGAAGAAGAAGACGAGGAAGACGAAGAAGAAAAAGAGGCGAGGCAUCCAAACGUCAGUUGCUGCGAUACUUGUUGUGCUGUGGAAGCUGGCAACCGUGUCGACUAACGUUAAUCUGCUUCAGACGUAACAUCACUAGGAAUUACACGUAUUUUUGUUUGUCCAGUAUUCGACCAUCCAACCAUCAUCAUGGACGGCGGAGUGGUCGUUGUUACCAAUCCUACUGUGAAUGUGCGCCUAACCAGCUCCAUCUCCUCCUUUGAGGUGCAGCGCAGGUUCGAUAGAGCGAUUACCAUAGCAGUACUGAAGGGGAAAUUGGAGAUGAUUCUGGGCGCAUCUCCCUCCUGCAUUGACCUGGAGUUGUUCAGUGUCUCUGAUAAGUUCAUGCAGAAAAUGGACGACAAUGAAGCUUUGCUGGGUUCCUAUCCUGUGGAUGAUGACUGCAGAAUACAUGUUACUGAUAGAAGUGGUCAGAUGAGCGAGUUCACGGAUGUUUCCAAAGUGGAGAAGUUUCAACUUCCUGAUGAAGACUAUGAUAAGAGAACAGAGUCAGCCAGGUCCUUCAAGAAGAAACAACGUCUGGGUCAAUUCAAUGAGGAAGAAGUGGCCAAGAAGAAAGCUGAGAUUGCCGCUCGGGAGGAGAAACAUAAGGCUGCUGCUAAUGCCAUUUCUGUUGGCAGCAGAUGUAAAGUGCAGGUCACUGGGCAACCCCCAAAGCUUGCCACAGUCAUGUAUGUUGGUACAACACAUUUCAAGCCAGGCCACUGGGUGGGCGUGAAGUACGAUGAGCCCCUGGGAAAGCAUAAUGGAAUUGUUGACGGGAAGCAAUACUUUGAAUGUGAGAACAAAUACGGUGGAUUUGUGAAGCCCCUGAGUGUGACUGUUGGAGACUUUCCUGAGGAGGAUUACGGUUUAGACGAGAUGUAGGACUGGAAAGGGACAAAGUGGGGUACAGUUUUUCUGCCCAGAAAUUUGAGAGUCAUCCGUAUCCAUUCAUUAACCAGAGAUGAAGGAAAGUCAUUGUCACUGUAAUAAAUGGAAUUUCUGUUUUUGUGCUUCUCUGGAGGGCAUGAUCCAAAGAGCUGUGUCUAAAGGUCUUUUAGGUUCAAGUUCUCUCUCACUAAUGUUGGCCCAACCUGGUAGAGGUGGAUGUCAGGUAGGAAAUCUCUCGCUGUGCUGGAUAAGAUGAUAAUAGUACAGAAUAGUCACACCAAUACGGUUAGAUAAAGGAGGGGUUUGGUUGCAUGUAAGGCAGCAUAAUAGAAGUUAGUAUGUUGUCCUUCACGCCAUGCCCUUCUGUUCAAUUUAAUUUGCGUGCUUUAGUAGUACUUGUUUCUGCCAAGCCUUCUCAACAUGGGAGUCUAAAUCUAUAAAUUGAAAAGUCUGCAAUGACAGUUUCAGAUAACGUUUCUCAUUUAGUUUGUAUCAGUUUGUACCAAGAUGAUUGUAUGUAACUCUUUUAGUUAACUGUAGUCUGAGCAUGUUUUGGAGACUGUACAUUGCUGAGAUAGUGGUCAACAAAAAGACCCCUCCAAAAAUACUUUGACACUAAAUUAAAAAGCAGGAGUGUACCUUGUAUUCCAGACUAACAUGACAUACAUAUCUUCAUUUACGGUAAGCUGGAGAAAUGCUUUCCAAUCAUUGAUUAAAAUCAGUGCUUGAUAGUCAAACACAUUCCACCAUAUUUCACUCAGGAGUGACAGUUAAGAAAUUCACAGUUGAUGAGGAAAGAACAGCAGUAGCCUCAACAGUCCAUAGUGCAACAAAGCUGUUUAGAGCAACAUAGGUGUACACUGAUAUGAGUGUAAAAGAAUGCAAGGGUACAUAUUUCCUCUCUAAACAACUUUAAAUUCCUUAAAUUUCAGGUUUGUUUGUAAGUAAAACCCCAUUUUUAGGUUUUACAAGUGGUUAUGUUGAAUUCCCUUUCAUUUUUCUGUGACUGAAUUCCUCUUAAAUUGUGUGCACUUGGAUAACUUUCAAUUUUAAUUUGAACCUAAAGUUAAAGAUCAGUUCUAUAUAAGCAUGACACAUUAGAUUUCAUGGAGUUUAAGUACAAUCUCUUAGCACUUUUAUGACUUCACCAAUUUAUAUUUGUUUAUUCUAUAAACAGUUUUCUGUUCAGUUGGGUGGCUUAAGUAAUAAUCAUUUAUGGGAGAUGUUAAAUUCUGAAACAUACUUGUUUAUGUUUCCCAUCUGUAGUACAAUCUGCUUACGAUAUUUGAUUAGAUACCAGGUUGGCCAUUGUAAUAUUUGAAAACGCAAGGAACAGCAAAAGAUAAAAUGUUCACUCUCCAGUUAACUGCCUCUCUCUAUUAAAAUCACCACAACACAUGAAUAAUCCGCCUUAUUUGUGCUUUGGUUUAUAUUACUGGUCCAGUACUGGUAACAAUUUUUUUCAUCAACUGAUGUUUACAGAAGAAAUGUAAAUUCAUUAUUUUUUGUGGUUUCUUUUCAUUACCACACAUACAAAAAUGUAAUGUUCUCUUUUCUUUUUUUUUUUUUUUUUUAAACUCUGUUCAUCUGAGGUGCUGGUGUUACUAUGUGGCGAAGGAUAAAGCAUAAUAAUAAUUAAAAUGAUUUGCCAGUACA